GCUCUCUCCUCUCUCUUCACGCUUCCUUUCUCGGGGAUCAUAGUUGUAGCACUCAAUUAGGGAAAGUUGCCUUAUACAUCUGCCCUAUACAACUGCCUCUCCCUGUUUCUCCCAUCUUUCGUAACCGCCCGCCCCAUCCCAGCCCUUUUAAGCCAGAAAGUAGCAUACCAUGUCGGACGCAGCUUCCAUCACUCCAGCCCGUAAUAAUGCUGCAGAGCAGCCACGGGAUGGUGAUAGCAUUCAUAGCAAUGAGGCUGAAGAAUACUAUGAAAAACCACCCCAGAAAAAGCGAUUCUACCGUCAAAAGAAAUAUUGGAUUAUUUGCGGUAUCAUCUCUACCAUUGUUACCUUGGUCGUGAUUCUACUCAUUAUUUUUGUGUUCUUCCCAAUGAUUGCACAAUUGAUUAUCAACAAAUCCAAUAUCAGUGUCAACAGUGCUAACAUAGCAUUCACUCCACCCACCGAUGGUACGGAGGUGACAAAGCGUCAAGAACCUGCUCCGUUUAUGGCCAAUGCCAACAACACUUUUUACAUGAAGAUGGAUGCUACGUUGGGAAAUACGGGUCCAUUCCCAGCCGAUUUGGCUUUCACAAGCGCAAUCGUUAUUUCAUACAACAGCACUGAACUUGGCCGUGUACACCUUCCUGGAGCUCAUGUAUCUGGCGGCCAUGGUUCGCUGGUCUCCGAAUCUCUGUUCAAUAUCACUAAUUUGGAUGCCUUUACCGCAUUUACCAAAGAUAUGUUGGCGCUUGACAAAUUCAAAUGGAACUUGAAAGGCUCUGCUACCAUCAAGGCUCUUUCAAGAACGGCCAAUGUCAAUCUGGAUAAGGAUGUUGAAAUUCCUGGUAUGGGUGGAUUCCCACAAGUCAAGAUCACUUCCUUUGCUCUUCCUGGCGAUGAUCCUGCCGGAGGCAUUCAAGUCUCUUUAGGAACAACCUUGACCAAUCCAUCCACAAUUGGUGUCUACCUUGGUACCAUUCAGCUGGCUAUUGGCUAUCAAGGUGUCUAUCUUGGCCCUGUUCAAGCUUCCAAUGUCAAUUUGACCUCGGGUGAUAACAAUAUCACGUUGAACGGCCGCUUGGUACCGCAAACUGAUCCCAAUAAUCUGAACGUUGUGAGCGACUUGUUUACUCGCUAUAUCGCUGGUGAAAUCUCCAAUACAACAGCUUCUGGUGUUGCUGCUGCUCCUGACGGUGUUCAUUCCAUCUCUUGGCUCUCCGAAGGUUUCAAGACUGUCCAGCUUAAUGUUGGAUUAGCUGCUACUGAAAAGCUUCAGCUUAUUCAUGGUGUCAGUCUAGGUGACCUGGAUUUGGUUUUCACCAAUGAAACCGCUUAUAGUCCAAUUUCCACUGCUCCUCAGGUCACUGCUAACUUUAGCAUUCCGUUUGGUUUCUCUCUGAACAUCACUGAAGUUACCCAGAAUAUCACACUUGGUACCAACGCCACAGGUCCUAUUGCACUCCUUUCUUCCGGAUACUCCAAUUCCACUAGUAAUCAGCAGACAGGUGUCCUCAGUUUUGGUCUCAGCAAUGCUCCCCUUCAAGUCUAUCCUGAUAAGCAUGAAGCUUUUAACACUUUCAACUACAACUUGACUGCUUCCAAUCUGUACUCCUUCAAUGUCGCUGGUAAUGCCUCUGUUGUUACCUCCACUCCUAUUGGUGUGGUUAAGUUGACCGGUGUUCCUCUGAACGCCACAACUUCCUUGAAUGGUCUCCAGUUCUUGAACAGCACUCCUACAGUUAUCAACGGUAUUGAUGUCACUGGUGGUACUACAGACUACCUUAUCAUGGCUAUCAAUGUUACCAUGUUCAAUCCUUCCAGUGUUCAAAUCACGGCUGGUGAUGUUAGCCUUCUGAUGCAGUCUCAAGGUACUCAGCUUGGCACCGUCACACUCCCCAAUUUGACCCUUUAUCGUGGUACCAAUAACGUCGUGGCUAUUGCAAACUUCGACCCCAAGUCUACAACUGUUGGACAAAACUUGCUUACCACUUUUGUGGGUGGUCAAGACAACACUGUUGGUAUCGCUGGUGACGCCAAUAGUACCAUGAUUCAGUCUCUGGCUUAUGCUUUUGGCAACGUCAGCUUAUCGUCCAACCUUCCUGGUCUUAAGAGCAAGCUUAUUCAAUCUGCUGGCUUAACUGUUUACACCAACACUGUUCAAACCAAUGUGGCCGGUACCACCGUCACCAUUGCCAACCCCUUCAGUGCUGGUCUCUCCAUCACUCAAGUCAAGGCUGCUGUCACAUACGCUGGAAUGCCCGUGGGUAACAUUGAUGCUGAUAUCAGCAGCAACCCUAUCGUUGUUGGAGGCAAGGCUACUGCCGCUUCCCCUGCUAUUCCUAUCACCAUGAAUUUGGAACCCGCUGCUGUUGCUCUCUUGCUCCGUAUGAAUGCUCAAAGUGCGGGCUUGGAUCUUCAACCUAUUGAUGCUCUGCUUACAAUGGGUGGUUUCAAUAUUCAAGGACAAGAACAGGUCACUGGUUCCGCUUCUACUUUCAAUGGUUUCAAUAUUUCUGACUUCGUUAUCAAGGCUUUUGCCAACUUGCAUGUUGAUCUCCAGCUUUCUUCGGUCAUCAACAUUGGCCAAUACACUGAUACCCUAGCUAUCGUUCAGAACGACAUCCCUACCAAGACAGAUGAUACCAUCACUUACUUGAUCCCUGUAGUUGGUCAACCCAUUGUCCAGGCUAUUAUCAACCAAGCUGCUUUGACCUUCUCAAGUGCCAUCCUUUCCAGCCCUACUGACAGUGGUUUCACCGUUCAACUCAAUGGACAGCUCACUGGAACUGGUCCGUUCGCUGCCACUAUUAUCUUCCCUGUUCCUCUCGAUGUUGCUUGGAACGGUCAACAGAUUGGUAAAGUCACCAUGCCCAAUAUUCAAACUGUCGCUGACGUCGGUGCUACCUUCUCUGUGUCUGCCCAAUUCCAAGUUGUCUCUGAAUCUGCUAUGGCUGACUUCACUGCCUAUUUGUUGCUUGAGAAAUCAUUUGUUUGGGACAUUUCCUCCCCGGAUGUUGCCGUCACUGCUCUUGAUUACACUUUCACUAACCUCAUCAUGACAAAAUCGGUAACUCUCCUUGGCAUGGAUGGCCUCGUGAACGAUGUUAAGAUCAACUCCUUUGACUUGCCUUCAAAUGACCCUGCUGGUGGCAUUCAUCUUGUUUUGGAUACCACCAUUUACAACCCUUCACAAGUUGGUGUCAACCUUCAAGGUCUUGGCUUUGAGGCCUUCUUUGGCUCAGUGGAUCUCGGCCCUGUUGCUGGUACCAAUGUUGUCCUUAACCCUCAAGCUUCCUCAAGUGUUCCAAUGGCAGGUCGUCUUCAAGCUCAAUCUAGUCAAGAUGGUCUUAAUGCUCUUCAAACCUUGUUUGACAACUAUCUUGGUCAUAAGGAAACUCCUCUAUCUGUUAAGGGUUCUUAUGGUUCUGGUCCUUCUGGUCAAGUCAACUGGUUGUCUGAAGCCUUCCAGAAAUUGACCAUUGAUAACAUCAUGUUGCCAGGUGGCCCUGACAAUUUGACUCUUAUUCCUGCUGUGACCAUCAAGCAAUUUACCUUUGAUUUCACCAAGGGCGCCUAUGCUCCUGAUUCUAGCUCCAAUGAUAUCGAAGCUCAGUUCAAGAAUCCCUUUGGUUUCCCAUUGUCGAUCACUGGUCUCCAAGAAUCCAUUGACAUUGGUACUUCCGGACAGGAUAUGGCUACGCUUGCUCCUCCCUACAGUCCCGCCACAACCGAUACGUCAACUGGUAUCAUCAAGACUGGUUUCGAACAUGUUCCUUUCCAAGUUCAUGACGAUGCUCAUGAAGUGUUCAAUCAAUUCGUCAAGGGGCUUACUUUGACUUCUGGUGGUACUAUGGAGCUCAAGGGAAAUAUCUCCAAGUCGGGUGUUUCUACAGCUGCUGGUGACUUCUUCCUCUCUGGAAUUAGCUAUGACGUUCAAAGCGCCAUUCCAGGUUUCAAUGACUUUGGACGUCAAUUUUCUAUCAACUCUGUUGAUGUUACUGGUGCCACUCCUCAGUACAUCAUCAUUAAAUUGACCAUCUCGCUUACCAACCCGUCCUUCAUUACUAUCACCAUUGGUGAUAUCUCAUUUGAUACCUAUUACAAUAACGUCAACAUUGGUCCUACUCUCUUGAACGACGUUACCAUUCCUCCCGGUACUCAACAGUACCAAGCAGAGUUCCAUCUGACACCAAGUGCCGCUUCAGCUACCACCGUGGCCGAGGUCCUUUCUGGCUAUCUGCAAGGACAGGUGUUUGCUCUCACUGUCAAGGGCUCAGACAACUCGACCAGCAUUGAUUCUCUCAAGGAAGGUCUCGCUGGCGUCAGCCUUGCUGGUACCCUCACUGGCAUCAAUUCUAAAUUGAUCACAGGAGGUGUCGUCAAAGACUUGAACAUUAACAGUUUCCCCAAUAUUGGAGCCAAUACUUAUAUCACCAUUCAGAACCCUCUGGAUGUUGGUUUCUCCAUUACUGCAAUCCAGGCACAAAUCUAUUAUCAAGGCACCACUUACUUUGAACUUGCUUCCAUUGAUUGCACCCUUUCGUCGCCAUUCACCAUUCCUGCCAAGGGUACCGCCACCUCUGGUCCUAUUCCUCUCACGUUCGUUGAUCCCAUCGCCCACUUGGGCGACAUUCUCAAGAUUUUAGUCUCCUCUUCUAUUACCGUUGACAUUAAUCAAAACGCUACUGUCGUUGUUGGUGAUGGCUUCAAUGGAGUCUUGGCUUACUCUCAGAAGGGUGUCGUCAUUCAGAACGAGAUCUUGAGCAGCUCGCUCACUGGUCUUUUGAACCUUACUCAAGUUGCAAAUUCAAGUGCUAUCGCUGCCGUUGCAAGUGUUGCCAAGAGUGAUGUUUCUGCUGGUGUUGCUGUAGCUACCUCGGUUGUUGGAGAUGUCACCUCUCUCGUUGGUGGAGUGGCCUCUGCGGUUGUUAGUGAUGCUACUUCCGUGGUGGGCGAUGUUACUUCCGUGGUUGGCGACGUUACUUCCAUCGUUGGCGAUGCCACAUCAGCCGUGGGUGGCGGUGUCAAGUCCCUUAUUGGCGAUGCCACAUCUAUUGUUGGCGACAUCCUUCCUAAACCCACUUCCACCACCACCAAGGCCGCCGACAAUACACCCACUCCCACGCCGGCACCCAAAGUAAACGCAGCAAAACCCAAAACCACCACCACCACCACCACCACCACUUCCAAGCCUUGGCCCUUCAAUAUCUUAUAAGCGCCUACUACUCCUCCAACCUGCCAUUAAAAAAAACCAUGAAACGAGUAGGUUCUUAAUUAUAUUUUUCCUUCUUCUGCGCUUUUGCUUGUUAUCAUUAUUCUCCACAUUUUUGCCU